CCCCACCCCCUUUCUUCUUUUUCUCCUCACAACGGCACACACACGUCAGAUACAGCACUAUGGUCGAAGAACCAAAAAACAACAGCAGUAACCAGCAGACAGCUUUGUCAAAUACAUCUCCUCCCAGCAGUAGUAGUUCUAACACCACCACCGCUGCUACUGCUACUGCACCAAACGAUAGUAGUAGCGCACCAUUAAACGAGCAACUUAUAAAAUCAGCAGUUUCUUUCCUGUCGUCGCCAAACGUCAAGUCUGCUGAAACAGUCAAAAAGGUUGCAUUCUUACAAAAGAAGGGAUUGAAUCCUACUGAAAUACAAGAGGCGUUCAAGCGAGUGGAUGAAGCUGUUCCUUCUGUACCUGCGGGACCCACUGCGAGCUCACCAGCAACAGCACCCUCUGCACCAUUGAUUCCCACACGUCCAGUAUAUCAGCAGCAGCAACCAAGUAUCGUAUACCAACCGCUACCACCAGCACCAGCAAUGCCAAUCCAGCGUCUUGUUGCCAUUGCGCUUCUUUUCGGUGUGGGAACAGUUAGUGUGACAGCUGGUGUUGUAGGCAUUGUCAAGCGCCUGUUGCUUCCGACAUUCAAUGCCGUUACUGCGUACCGAACUGGUCGGUAUAAGCAACAAACGACAGUAUUGGAUAAAUUAGGCGGUCAACUCGCUGGCAAAGAUUCGGCUGAUACUGACGAUGCUAUUGAGGAGGAGAAGGAUUCAGUCAAAGACGUAAAGGCUGUGGUUGCUGAUGCAAAGGAUGACGAGAAGAAGAAAAAGAAAAAAAAGAAGGCGGAAAAGGUGGACGUGAGUGCACAACUUGCAGAAAAGCAGGCUGCAUUGGCGGAUCGGUUGGCAUAUAUGGUCGCUCAAGCACAGGCACGGCACAAGGAAAGCAAGAACAAUGUGGAACUAUACACGGACUUUGGUACCUCGAUUAUGAAUCUGCGCAAUACCAUCAAUAAGCCCGAAUAUAUGCAUACCCCUUCCCUUUAUUCUACAUCAACACCAGCCGUCGGUAUGGAAGCAACCAGCGGACUCAAGGGCGAAAUCCGUUCUCUCAAGGGCAUUCUCUUGAACCGACGACGAUUCGAUUAAUACACACUUGAAUUAUGUACACUCUGUAAUGACAAUAAACU